CUCCGCGGGAGCACGGAGAAGCCAAUCAGGAGCUUGGCGUAUUUUACAAAUUGGGGAAGUACCUGCUGCAAAAGCAGAGAGAGUCCGGGGAAAAAGCCGAGAAAGUGGGGGCGACCCUGAAAGGUUCCGAACGAGCUGUAGCCGUCAUGACCACCCUCCAAGCCACUAAGGAUCCUCUCCUCCGGGGUGUAUCUCCCACCCCUAGUAAGAUUCCUGUUCGCUCCCAGAGACGCCCGCCUCUCCCCACAGUCAAACCCUACGCCCUGGGCCAGGAAAACCAAGAUCCAAGGAGAUUGGUGCAGAAGGUCAGUAUUCAGCGUCCCCUCGUUGACUCAGCAGGCCCCAGGCCAAAAGCCACUCGUCAAACAGAUCCAUCAGAGAAACUGGUAGGGAGCACUCAGCUCCGGAACCCUUUGAAGGAGCUCAGGCCUAGCCCUGGGGGACAAAAUGUGGACCCUAGGCCCCCAACCCAGACAGAGGCUUCAGGGACUGUAGAGUUUGUGGCUGACCCUGCAGCCUUGGCCACCAUCCUAUCAGGUGAGGGGGUGAAGAGCUGUCGUCUGGGGCGUCAGCCCAGUCUGGCUCAGAGAGUACUGGUUCGAGGGAGCCAGGGAGGCACCAUCCGGAGGGGCCAGGAUGCACGGGCCUCUGCAUAUUUGGCCCCCAGAACUCCAAUCCACCGGCUGGACCCAGCCAGGGCUUCCUGCUUCUCAAGGUUGGAGGGACCAGGACCUCGUGGCCGGACCUUGUGUCCCCAGAGACUAGAGGCUCUGGUGAGUGCCCUCGAAGGGCUGAUACUUAGUGCUUCUGGGAACUCCUUCCAGGACAAAGCUGGACCUUGGGAGGGAAGGUACCUUGCAACAAGCCAGAGGCGGUGUGUGGAGGCAGAUGGGGUUGGUGGUGAGGCCGAAGGUUUGGGGUCUGCCUCUGGCUCUGCCUUUUCUCUUGCUCUUAUGGCUCAGAUCCCUCCUUCAGGACCUCCCUCUCACCUCUCCACUCGUCCCCGCUUCCAGGAGCUAAGAAGAGAGACAGGUGGCGGCCUCAGCAGGACUUCGGUGAGCCAGGCCUCAGGAUUGCUUGCGAAGACCCCUGUCCAGCCUGCUUCCUCUCUCCCUGAAGGAGAACACGAAAUUGUCACUCACUCAGAUGAAGGAGGAGGGGGCCCCCUUGGUCUGGCCCAGCGAGUACCAUUAAAAGAAACCCGAGUACCAUUAAAAGAAACCCGAGAGAUACCCCAUACCAAGGACGGCCGUGACUCCUGCCCGAUGCCCUCCCCUGGCCGAGUGGUGCCACCUGCCGUCGCCCGGCCAUCACCCUUUGGACGGGCUCAGCGUGUACCCUCCCCCGGCCCCUCCGUUCCAACCUCAUAUUCAGUGUUGCGACGUCUCGCCUUCCGCCCCAAAACCCAGUUCACACCCCUCCCAUCGGCCUCCAGAGUUCAGCAGGCCCGCUGGUUGAGUGGCCUCUCCCCUCAGCCUUGCCCCGAAGAGCCUGCAGUGCCCUGGGAGCAGAUUGCAGUCCGCUUAUUUGACCAGGAGAGUUGUAUGAGGUUGCAGGAGGGGCCCGGGAAGCCACCCCCCGUGUCAACUCCUUGUGGACCCCACCCCAGCAGAACCCCCAGCCUCCAGGAGAUAAAGAUGCAGCGCAUCAGUAUCCUGCAACAGCUUUUGCGACAGGAGGUAGAGGGGCUGGCGGGGGGCCAGUGUGCCCCCCUUAAUGGAGGCUCCUCUCUGGAUAUGGCUGAACUUCAGCCCCUGCUGGCUGAGAUUUCUAGAACUCUGAAUGCCCCAGAGAGUAAUAAUUCUGGGGCUUUUCAGCCUCCCAGACCGUUGCAUCCCUCUGCGAUGCCAGAGCCCUGCCUCCUAGAGGCGUGUGGGGAGGAACCAGAGCCCUGCCCGGAAGCAGAGCCAGGGCCCCCAGAGUCAUGCCCUAGGAGGGAACCUGGGAUAUCAGAACCCUCCACCCAGGAACAGCUCGAGGUGUUAGAGCCCUGCCCUCCCGGAGCACCUAGACCCCUUCAGGCCUGCCCCCUGGGGCAGACAAGGCCCGCAGAGCCCUCCCCUAAGGUAGAGACGGAGAGGGCUCCCCAAAGUCCAGAGUCCAGCCUGCAGCCCUCCUGCGGUCAGCGGGCUCCAGCGACCACCAGCUUGACCUUCUCCUCCCAACGCCCGCUUUGUGCCAGCCCCCCUAUCCACUCGCUCCAGUCUCUGAAGCCCCCAACAGGCCAAGCAGACCCCCACAAUCUGGCCCCUCGAACCCUGGCCCUGAGGCAGCGCCUCAGAGCAUGUCUGAGCGCCAUCCACUGCUUUCAUGAGGCCCGCCUGGACGACGAGUGUGCCUUCUACACCAGCCGAGCGCCACCCUCAGGCCUCACCCGGGUCUGCCCCAACCCUGUGGCCACGCUGCUUGAAUGGCAGGAUGCCCUGAGUUUUAUUCCAGUCAGUUCUGCUGCCCCACAGGACUCUCCAUCCUGAGGCAUCCUCUUCCACCCACUCCUGUCCUACCUGCUCCUUUCUUUUAACCCUUAUUUAUUUUCUACACAACGUUUUAGGAUCCUUUUGUCACUCAAUAAAGUUUCUAAAGUGUC